AGUCUUCUGCUAGGUUCUUCCUUGUACAGCAUCAUGAAGACCGCUGUAUUUCUAAUACUUCUGGGCAUUUCCGCCACCCUAGCUGGGGAAAAGAAGCCCACCAAACGUGGGGUCUUUGGUGAAUCUCUUGGCUAUGGUGCAGGGAGUUACAAUCUCGGAAUCGGAGGAAUACACUCAGGCAUCUCGUCAUCUAUAGAUUUGGGCUCCUCCGUAGGACACGGAUCUAUAAUCCAGUCAGGAUUCGGUUCAGGAAUUGGAUCAGGAUUAGCGUCUGGAAUUGGAUCAGGACUUGGAUACGCAUCAGGAUCUGGAGGAUUCGGAUCAGGACUUGGAUUAAAUUCAAUCAAUUCCGGGUAUGCUUCUGGAAUUGGCUAUGGUUCUGGUGCAGGACUAGGAGGUACGAUCAAUCUUGGCCAGUCAGUUACUAGACAUAUCACAGUCACUAACAGAGUAGGAGUACCAGUACCCCAACCAUAUCCAGUUACAGUGGAAAGAAAAGUACCUGUCCCGGUACCUCAUGCAGUACCUUACCCUGUUGACCGUCCCUAUCCCGUACACGUCCCUAAACCAUAUCCAGUUACCGUCGAAAAACAUAUUCCCGUAACUGUCGAGAAACCGGUUCCUGUUCCAGUCAAGGUACCAGUUAAAGUAGCUGUGCCAGUCCCAUACAAAGUAGCAGUGCCACAACCUUACCCCGUACACAUACACAAGCCGGUUCCUGUUCCUGUUGCUACCCCAGUGUACGUGAAAAAACUUGUUCCAGUUCCAGUAUCGAGUGGCUGGAGUUCUGGUUCCGGUUGGUCUGGCUCUGGAUCCGGUUCUAACGGUUGGACCUCUGGUUCAAAUGGUUGGUCUUCUGGUUCGAAUGGAUGGUCAUCUGGGUCCAACGGCUGGUCUUCUGGUUCCAAUGGUUGGUCAGGAUCCAGAGGUUGGUCGGGUUCUUCGGGUUGGUCUGGAUCAUACGGUGGUGGAUAUGGUUAUGGCCAUGGAUGGUAAUUUUUGUCUAAAUCUGUGAUUGGAACCAUCAAGCUCAUUUAUAAAUAUGCCAUCUCUCAUUCACUAGUCUUUGUUUUUUUCAUUCAAGGAGAAAAAAGUAUAAUAAAUAUUACCGAAAA